GUUCAGUUCAACAGUCGGUCAGUCACAGCCAGACAAUUGACGAUCGAAGUGGUUUCUUUUCGGGUAACGUAGACGCGCUGCCGUUUUUUCAUUUUCUGUGAAUUUUUUGCGAACGGUGUGUGUGUUGUUUGAAGUGAAAGACACCGCCAGUGAAAAAGUGCUGAACGGUACCGCAUUUUGUGGUAGUUUUCUUCUUAUUUGUGACGAAUUUUCCGCGCGCGCCGUGCUGGUGUAAGUGAACGGAUUGUUUUUCCGACCGACAGAAUGGAUUGAUUGGCUUCUCGAAACCAAUCGUGACGGCAACGAGCGGCGUCGCGUUUUCCGUGGUUACCGACCGAAAUUUUAUACGAUACGCAGACGGGGCAGCAAAAAUUACAACAAAAAAUAAAAUACUUCAACAGUCUUGAUUGAAGUGCCAGUGCGUGUGCGUUUGUGUGUGUGUGUGUGGAAGUUGUUUUCCUUUUUCGGAUGUUGUGUUUUUUUCUGUUGUUGUUCUGGCUCACGAGCGAAUUCUCGAGUGUAACCUGAAAACGUACGUUGUUGCAGGCAGCUGGAGGAAUCGGCGAAGGAACCUGACGAAAGUUGAACAAGAGUCGCUUCUGCCAUCAAGGUAGGCCGCCCGAGCAAAAAAAAGAGUUGGAUUUGAAAGUUUUUAAUUUUGAUCUGUGUUCGAUAAGUGAAGUUAGUGUGGAAAUAUACAAAAAUGUGAUGUUUUUGAAAAAAAAGUUUUGUGCACUGUGAGAAAGGAGUAGAAUUGUUUGUCUCGAAAUUAGAGCCCGUCGAAUAGGGUGAAAGGCGCCUACUGUUCGAAGCACCGGAUUCCAACAAUAUUUCGAGUGUUUUUAUCGGUCUGGGAUGUGCUAUUUUCGGGUGAAUUUUCCGUGUGCUUCCGAGCGAGAAUAGACGAUUUUCCCUCGACUGGUUUGGACCGUAGCGAGUUCAGUGGCUGCUGGCGAGUGUGGAAAGGUGUGAAACGGAAUAGCAGCAAAAACAAAGAAGAAACAGCGGCCUCGCAACCAGCACUCAACACACACACAUACAAUCACGAAAACCUGGGGCUAUUCUUCCAUGCAAGAGUACACACACCGGGAGGAAACCGACGGAAAUUAAAUACACUUCUUUCGAGUUUCGAGAAAGGAAGACGAUCGUUGCCGGAGCAAGCAAGCAAGCGGCCGGUGCCUGGUGGUGUUGGUUAUCGGUUCGUGGGCUCUUGGAAAGCAGCCAGGAAAUAGCCAUUUAAUUGUUCUCGACUUGAUCGGCGAUUGGAUUAUUCCCCCCAAUCCGCAGAGGGGGAAUAUUUUUUUUGGUGAGGUUCGCGGUGGAACGGAACUGAACCAGAUCAAAUCGAUUCCCACAGCAGACGAUUGGAACGCCGGUGUUUUUCUGGUGUGGCUGAUGAGAAGAAGGUAAGACAUCACCAAGGUUGUACCGAAUCGAUGGCGGACUACUCGAUCUGGAGCGGUAGUGGACGGAACGUUUGCAACUGAUGGUGUUUACAAUUCCAAGAAUAAGUGAGUUCCAUUCCAAUCUGUGCGAGAACGACAGGAAUACGGAUCUGACGUAAUAAAUAGCGCAGCUUGUUCCGUGAACCUUCGCCUGAUUUAAGAGAGAGAGAGAGAAAAAAAUUCCGUACUCUGCAUCCGUAUUUGGGAUUCCCGGCACUCGGCUGAAGACUGGUCGGCGAUAAGAUUGAAACUUUAGACAUAUGGCAAUCUUUCGGAAGGCUUUCGGAAGUGGCAUCACUCCUCCCGCAAUGCAGCAUUAUCGAGAAGGCCAUCGUGAAUCGGUAAAACCUUAAUCGGCCAACGACCAGGAACGCUCACACAGGAGGAAAAGCCCUGAAAACUACAGCAAUCGCAUCGUAAAAUGUAGCCCUCACCUCGGGUCAGUUAGCCCGAGCCUGUUCGGUGUUUUUUUUUGUUACGCAAUCUGCCAACUGCCGAAACCGGUCAGCCAUUCCUCUCCCGCGGAAUCCCAUUCGCCACGGACCGGAAGUGGAAGAACACAUUGCUGUGGUGAGUCAAGCCUAACUCUGACACGCGACGAUGGCUGACAUGGGCUCCAGCAGUAAUGGUGCACUGGCGGGUGGUGGUGGUGGGGCUAAUGCAACACCGCAAGGUCCUCCCGUGCCAGCCGUGCGAACUUCAUCGCUUCAACCGGUUCCACCGCCCCGGACUACGCCGCCGUCGACGACGACGACGAUGACGACUACGACGACGCAGGCAGUAGUGCACCAUUCGGCGACUCCUGUUCAACCGCCGCAGCAGCAACAGCAACAGCAACAUUUUGUUCAUCAACAACCGCAGCAGCAGCAGUCGCAUCAUCCGGGAGUUCCAUCCUCACAGCCAAUUUCGCAGAACUCUAAUCAGGUUUUCGCUACGACCGGUUUACUGAGUGGACCACGGCUCGUCGUGCUGCACCGGCACAAUGGCGAUUUCGGAUUCACCCUGCGGCACUUUAUCGUGUAUCCUCCGCCCGAAGCGACCUCAGACCCUAACGCUGGUCGUCUAGCGGCAGCAGCCGGGAUGCCUAACUUCGCCCAGCCAAUGGACACCGUGUUCGUGAAGAAGGUUCACCCAAAUUCACCGGCAUUCCUGGCCGGACUGCAGGAAGGUGAUCGACUGUUGGCCGUAAACGGUAUCUCGGUGGCUAGUCUUCCGUACGCCCAAGUGGUGGCAACAAUCCAACAAACUCCGAAGACUCUGACACUGCAGGUUGUGCCCAAAAACUACGAUCUUUUGCAAACGUACUUCAGCGAAACAGCCUACAAUCCGGAAACAAAUCAGCGACCUCAGCCACAGCAACAGCAGCUCUUCAUUCCGAAGGCAUCCUCCACGCCAAACUCUCGAUCCGGAGGUGUCAAACGGGUACUGACUGAUGUUCAGGAAAAGCAGGAGUCUCUCUACAGUACCCUGCAGGAAAUUGUCGAGAACGCUGCCACCCCUGCCGCCAGUGCAGCUUCGAACGCCAACAAGGCAAUCUACGCUGAAGUUUCCAAGGUCCGAUCGCCGCCGGUUGCAGCCGAAGCACCGGCCCUUCCAAUGCCUGCCUUGCAACAACGCUCCAAACCGCUGAUAUUCGACUUUGAUCCCAUCAAGCAAAAACAAUAUCUUGCCCAGCAGUAUCAACAACAACAACAACAGCAGAAGUUGCUACAACACAGCAAGGAUAACGAUUCAAUCAGUUCGUACGAUUCGGUGAAAUCCGCCGCCACUCUCUCGGCUAACGAUGUCCUGAUGGGCGGUGGUGACAGUGCAAUAAUGUCCCGUUUGCGGAAAAGUUUCGAGCAGAAGGAAGAAUUCCUAAGGCGCCCGGCGCCGGUUCCCCACUCUGCUUCCUUCGAUGUCCAACAGCGGGAGUUCUAUGGUCGACCGAAUCGGUUACAGAAGUCCGUCUGGCCUCCGACAGCCAGUACCAAUCAACAACUACAACCACAACAACUUAUGCCUGUGAUAAUCACUACCAACGAGCAAGAUUCCUUAGCAAAACCAACGAAAGCAUCUUUCGGCACCCAAACGGCGAAACUCGCUCCGAGUGCCAGCAAUUCGAAUAACCCAGCCACGAACCGAGAACAACACACGACCCAUCUGUCAACUAUUCGGGAACAGUUUUUCAGUGGAAUUAAUGGAACCAGCGGUUCCCACCAGCAACAACAACAGCAACAACAACACCACGAAGAAUUGGGUUUUGUUGCGUCACCCAAAUCGGCACCACCCGCACUGACAGUACAAAGGGAACAUCAACAGCAGCUGCUUCAGCAACAGAAUCAGCUCGGCGGAUCGCAAUCGGCUCUGCCGUUGUCCCCGCAAAGUAUGCACGUAGUUUCGGAGAAGGCUAAACUGUUCGAAUCGGGCCGGCCGCUGUCACCGGAUGGCAUUGAUCGGGCCGAGUUGUACAAAAGUGAACUUAGCAGAAUUAACACUAAACAAGUCGUACCGAAUGUUGCCGUACGACGGAAAGAGUUCGAACUCAAGGCAGAAAGCACCGGAUGGCGAAGAUCUACCGAGGAAAAACCACGUUCCAUCAGUUCCGAUUCCGAAAGCCGCCGUACCCCGGUCCGGGUGCGGUCACUUUCGGUUGAAUCCAGUUCGAUUAAGGAUCCGUCCUUACUGUAUGCGGACACCGUUCUGACCAGCAGUGACGAUCAGCAGUUGAUUCACAGCUCGGGACCCACACCGGGCCAGUGUACUCUGCUACGGCAGCGUCCGGUGCGUGAAAAUUCCUACCGGAACGCGGUCCGUAACUCGACAGCAUUUUGGCUACAAGGACCAGCCACAUCGGGAGCAUUUGUACCGCCACCAUCAGCCCAUCUGGGUCCUUCUCUACCGGCAUCGGCACCGGCCACUACCUACGGCCACGUUUCCUUUCCUUUUGCCAGUUCAAAAUCACCACCUCCAUCGCUGUCGCUUGGCAUUGCACCGGUCGUACCGGCACGCACCUAUGCCGCCACUCAAAGGCUACAUCCCCUCUCGGAGGAACAGUUCCGGUUGCGGAUGUUACACCGCAAUCAAACGAUCGUCGAGGUACACAGUCAACCUACCUCGGGGGUCAGCGGUGUUACUACCAGCAGUAACAGCAGUGACGAUGGUUGCGGCGGUGGCACUGAUGGCCACCACGGUGGUGGUGAUGGUGAUAUUGAUAUGGCCUCAUCCAUUUCUUCCUUUUCCUCUUCCUCGCCCCUGGUGAUUUCCCCGACUAUCAGCGGCACUUGCACAUCGGUAGCGGGCAUUACGGCGGCUACUUCCGGUAGCGGUCCUCCGGUGGUGAAUGCUACUCCGGCCGGUAUCGCGGCGGCCAUUCGGCCAACAACGUUGAAUUUGUGUUCAGAUUCCAGUCAGGUUGUGCUUCGUCAAAAGCAGCAGAAAAAUGCGGUCCUAACCAUCGAAGAAGAUGAGCGCAAAACCCGCCGGAUAUCGUACCUGCGGGCAACGGCUCACGACAAUCUGUUCCAGAUGGAAUCGGAUCCGUCGGACAGCAGCCCAAUGUCGUUGCCACCGGACACACCGGACACGGAGCCGGAAGUGAUUGGCGACCAACAGCAGCAGCAGCAGCUUCAGCCGCAGUCGCAGCUACAGCAGCAGCCCCCGCCCCAGACGACGAUUGGCAUUCCGUCCGGCAUUGGUCAACUUCAACAACUCAAUCAGCACAAUCAGCCACAGCAACUGAAAAGUGCGCAUCGUCCCUGGCGGCGUCCGCGUUUAACCGGCGACAUUCAACCGUUGCGAAGGCUGUUCGAUGAAUCACCACCGAUCAUCAAUCUGCCGCCGAUUCUCGAACAACCGAUUCGCGAUGGCGGCGGCGUCGGCGGCGGUUCGGUGAUGGACCUGUCCAAACACUCCUCACCGGUUACCGAUAGCGAGGGUGAAGGUGAAACGGAAGCGACGGCCGCCGGGACACCGAGUCCGGUGCCCCGGUCGAAGUCGACGGCCCUGCAGAAACGGUCCGCCUCGCUGACGACGGCCACCACGUUGACGGAUCAACUGCGUGGAAGCAGCAUGGGCAAUCUGCACGUGAUCACCACCACGUCCGCGUCCGGUGUCGUCACCAGGAGCUACUUCUUCGCUCAAAGUCACAGUGCCAAAUCCAAAGCGUUGGCUCACUUCCGGGACUCACCGGCGGACCCGACGAUGCCGGUGCUGCGCGAAGGGGAACUGAACAUCAAGGUGACAUUAAUCGAUGGUAAACGGUCCCAGGACCGGAGCUGGCGGACGGUGCACGCCGAACUGCGCGGAACUCGACUGAAGCUGACGCUGCUUCGUGACGGGAAAAGUUCCAGUCAGAGCCCGGAACCGUCCGGAAUAAUCGAUCUCACCAACUUUCACGUGGCCGAAGGGAACUACACCAAGCGGAAGAACGUGUUUAAGCUGACGACGGUCAGCUAUCAUCAACAUCAGCAGCAACUGCCGCAUCUGCAACCGCUGAGUGCCCAAUCUCAUCAGCAUCUCGGGUUGCAUCAUACGCAGUCUGCUGCCGCGGGGCUGGUAGGUCUGGCCGCUACCGGUCCCUCCUCGGCGUCCUCGUCGGCGGCGACUUCACUGUACAAGGGCUACGAAAGGGAACUGCUGAUACAGGCCGAUUCCCACAACGAUAUGCGACUGUGGAUGGACUCGCUGCGGACCGUCUGCCGGAGUAGUCAAUAUUUGAAUAGUAGUGAUUACAUCAACAACUUCGGUAGUCAGCAGGCCGAGCCUCAGCGAGUGGCCGCCCUGACCAGCGUUCAAUCGACAGCCGGCAAUGAUGAAUUCUCUCCCGUUCUAUCCACGAAAUCCCACCGCAAAUAUGCUCUGGGAUCACGAUCUCCAUCCGGUCAAUCGCCGGUCACCAAAAGCCGAAAGACACCGCAGCAUAACUCGGCGGCGAUGCUCACCCCGACGGCGAUAGCCAACGCCAAUAGCCACAGCGGAAAGGAAAGUUCCGACAAGGAAACGGGUUCUCCGAAAUCCAAAACCUGGAAAGGGAUCGUUGCCCGGCAGUUUCGGAAGAUGCAAGGUCAACCGGGUUCACCGGGGGCGCAGCACCCGGAAAUGCUUCUACCGGAUGGUGCUUCGAUCAAUGUUCCCCUCCCACUGUGUCCACCGUCGGAUGAAAAUCCGUACGUGCCGUUGCUGCUAGCCAAGUGCACCGGGAUCGUGGAAACCAAGGGGCUGGGGGUAAUCGGAAUCUAUCGGAUACCGGGCAACACGGCUGCCAUAUCACAACUGACCGAGCAGGUCAACCGUGGCAUGGAUGAGGUCACACUCAGAGACCCGAAGUGGGAGGACGUAAACGUGGUUUCCUCGCUGCUGAAAUCGUUCAUACGGAACCUGCCGGAGCCGCUGCUACCGAACGAACUGUACCAUAGUUUCAUCUGUGCCGAUAAGCUGUCCGGCCAGGCGCGACUGAUCGAGCUGAAGCAACUGCUGAAGCGCAUUCCGACCUACAACUACGAAACGCUGAAACACCUGAUGCGCCAUUUGCACGCCGUCAGCACGAACGCACUGGUCAAUCUGAUGGAUCCUCGGAACUUGGCCAUCGUGUUCGGCCCGUCGGUGGUGCGGUCGGCCAAUGAGUCGCUGGAAACGGCUGUCAAGGACAUGAAACACCAGUGCCAAAUCGUCGAAGUGCUCAUUACUCAUUAUCAAUACUUCUUCGAAGACGAUCUAUUGCCGAUUGUGGUGGAGAAACAAUCAACUACUACUGUUGAUUCGGGUUUGGAAGUACCGUCAGCAUCGCUGUUGUUGGAUAAUGUUUCUAAAAUUGAACCCUUCAGAGAAUCAUCAAAGGAAAGUAGCUCACAUUUCGUGGCUCAGAUCGUACAGGCGGCCAAUAGAAAGAUUCGAAGAACGGCACAAAGAAAGAGCACCAUGUCUUCCACAACACCGGACACCCUGUCACUGGAUAGUACAACGUCAGCGGAAUCGAAGGAACGGGCGUCCCACAAUCCACACCAGAACCAUCGAUAUCUACAUCCGAGCAGUGCCGCCAGCGUCGGUGGUCGCAACGGAAACCAUCAUCACCACCUCCACCACCAUCAGGAUGGUGCUCAGUCCGAACCGGUCACGUCAACUCAGCAACGGCUUGCCGGUGUUUCACCGGGGGCGGCCGCAUCCGUCGGUGCACUUCAUGCGGACGACAGUCAGAAGGAGAAUCUGGUGCAUCAGCACCAUCACCAUCAUCAUCACUACUAUCACCACCAUAAUAGCGGGGGCAGUGGCAGCGGGGACAGCCGGCACCACAGCAGCCAGAGCAACGAUGAUAAUUCGUCAGUAUUAAACCGAUCUUCGGAGGAGGACUCCAACGACAGUGCGUUCGCUGAUAACGGUUCGAUGUCCCUCAAAACGAUCACGAUCACGCUGGACAACAAACUGCGCUCGCUGCGUACCUCGUCAAUCGAUUCCGAUCGGGAUGUGGCCGAAACGACCCUGGAAAGUGACUGCGACAAUAGCAGCAGCUGUUACAGCACCGCAACGCCCGGUGCCGAUAUCAUCGGCGUCGGUCGCGAGUUGAAUCCCACACCGACGCGGCGAUCGGCGCACCACUCGAGACCAUUGACGCUAGGCGAAAACAUUCCAUACGCGGACGAGUCCCCGGAACGGCCACUCAUUCAGCCCCGGUCGAAGCCACUGCGGCAGCACAGCGGUAGUAGCAAUGGUAAUUUUCCAAAAUCCACCGACACCAGUAACAGCAACGGUAAUUUGGUUAACAACAAUACCAGUAGUGGUGGCAAUAACAAUAAUAACAAUAACAACAACAGUAACGGCAGUCCACAAGAUGACUCGGUCAAAUCGGUUCAAUCGUUGGACAGCAGCGGGACGACCAUAAAUUCGGGUAGCGCCAACGACAGUUGCGUUACGCUGGUCAACGAAGCACCGGACGAAGACGAAGAGGACAAGGUGAACAACAUUUCGAUCAGUUCGGAUGAUACGGACACUUCGACGACCAGCAACCCGCGGGAAAAGCUGACCGCUACCUACCGAAUUGAUACGGAAGUGCUAAAGAAGAUGAAUCGCAUUCUGACGAAUCUGGAGCGGAAGGCAAAUAAUCUGGAGCGAAAGUUUAACCUGAACCGAUCGCUGUCUCUGAACUAUAAAAAUCAUAAAAAUUCCGAGUGUUGCUGUGGACAUGCGGUAGCCACGGCGGCGGUGCCCGGAGCAGGUCCACUGCCACUGGGAAUGCCGUGUUGCAACAAUAAUCUGCACAAUCAUCAGAACAACAACAACAACAACAGCGUGAGUGUGCAAAACAGUCUGAACGUGCGUUCGCGGCUAUCGCUAACCAAGGACGAAAAAACGGACAAGAACAUUAACCGGCGAAGACAGAUCCAUGACGUCAGCCAGACGACGACGACAACCGUACCGAACAGCGAAAGCAGUUGCUGCGGACAGGAACAUCAACACUUACCACCUGGACCGCAGAUCAUUCUGACUCCUUCGACUAAUCCUCCGCCACCCACGGCAACGGGCGGAGGACGACACCGGCGUCAGUUGGGUAAUCGAUCAAUUCGACGGAGGCACACGGUCGGCGGAACUCAUGACUACUAUUCCAACAAGAUGGGACACAAUGGAACCCAGUGUCAACAACAGCAGCAGCUGUCACAACAAAACACGACCCUCGGUGGACGAGGUGCCACGACUGCGGGGUGUAUCGCUUCGGUGCCGCAACAAGCGGUCUGCGGUGGUGACGACAAAGGAUGCAAAGAUUUGAAUUAGUUUGUAAGGUUUUUGUUUGUGGCUGGCUAGCUCUACUGGGUAAGAAACCGGAUGAUAGUGUGAUAGUCGAAUUUUGGUUCGUUUUACGGAAAAUUUUUUCGUAUAAUUCUAUAUUUUGGAAAUUCGUUUACUAUUUUUGUGUGAUUCGGCUUUGUAUUUCUUACCGAGUCGUUCUAUAAUGAGAAAGAAUUGAUUAUUUUGAUAUUUCGUUUUGAAAAAAUCAAAGUUAUUUUUCGGAUUUAAAUACUGAGUAAAUCAUUAUUCGUGUCCCACGUUCCGCUGCAGUUCACAGCUCAGAGCUUCUGUUUUCGAUGAAGUGUUUGUCGUUACCCGAAUUUCGAAUAACGAAUCGAACAUUUUACUUACGAAAAUGACCCGAUUUUUCGUUUAUCAACGCCUAAUGUUGGGUCUAAGUUACUCUGAAACGGGCUGGCUAGAAUUUGUGGUAGAAUCCGCAUCAAGCAUAAAUGACAAAAGUGUCAUUUUACUGUGUCAAAUUUAGUUCGCCUCAUAGUAGGCUAUUUUUUCCUAUCCGUGUUUUGUAGAUCGACUGCAGUCAAAUGUUGAAACUCAAAUGUCAAUAACUGAAGAAAAAAAACACAAAUGAAAUAAUAGUUCGAAUCAAUCAAUUUCGAAACAAUCAAUUUCGAGAGCCUCGAGUUGUCUGGCAUCGAAAUACAAUAGUUCGUGCGAGCCCGAAAGGAAACCAAAAAAAACGAAGCCGGUAGAAAGAGUACGCAAAUAACUCUAGGGAGUAGUGAAAACAAGAAAAAUAAAAACGCGACAACGAGUGAGACCUAAAUAAACA